AUCCACCACCUGCACUACACUCAUAGUUCUUGCAUCUCCCACUUAUUAUACUUCAACAGUGCUAAUCAUGGCUUCCAUUGAUCGCAAGCUCACCAUGGCAAAGCGCUGCGCUCACGAUGGGGUCAUUGCAGGAGCAAAGGCUGCUGUGGUCGCAACCGUCGCAACGGCUAUACCCACAUUAGCCAGUGCUAGGAUGCUUCCGUGGGCAAGAACAUACCUCAAUCACACAGCUCAAGCCCUCAUAAUCUCAUCAGUUGCUGGUGCUACAUACUUCAUAGUUGCUGACAAGACUGUUCUGGCAUCGGCAAGAAAUAACUCGUUCAAGAACGCAAAGAAACCAGAAGCAAUAUGAAGUGAAAUGUAGUCAAAUCUUAGUUAUCUAUCUAGAUCUAUGUUUGUCGUAUUUGUACUUGGUACGGUUGUUUAAUAGGCUCAAUUACUAUCAAGGAUUAUGAGCUUUAUAAUUCACAUAAAUCCAAUAUGUAUGCGCUUCUGUCGUAAUUUCAGAAAAAAGAUGUCAGAUUGGAAAGCUUUGAGCAUAUUUUCCUGUCCAAUGCAAGCAUGAAAUCUUA